GCAGUACAAGUACCCGCGCAAGCAACAUCCCGCCCAUCGACCAAAAGGCCCACCACGGCACCCCCAGCCACUUCCGACCCAAGUUAGAUUGGCGUCAACAGCUGGAACAACAACAGCAGCUGGAGACAGCUGAGCUCCCCGAUGAACCGCUGCCCACUAACCCAUCAUACAAUCCGGCCGGGGCCGUGAUAUGACAGCGAGAAACCCCCCCAAUAAUGCGCGGGCAUGUGCUGCGCUGGUGAGGUGCUUGGGACGGAGGUGGAAUACCAAAGUGUGUAUAUAAGCACCGGACGGAGGGCCCUCUUUUUUGCAAUUGUUGUUUUGCUAUUACCAUCCUUCGGCGCGGGAUCAAUUCUACGAGAGAAAGAAGAUGAGGGGAUCGGUAUUGCUCAGGGCUGCUUCUGCGGUGGCCACGUUCACGGGCGCAGUUUCUGCAACGGGGGGCUUCUGUGUGAGGAAGAAGGUCAUUAUCGAUACGGAUUUCUACAAUUUCGUGAGUAUUCCCCCACUCUGUGUCCGGUUAUUAGCUGAUAGAGUGCGAAUUGCUUACCUAUUUUUUAUUUUGGGAAAAAAAAAGUCUGACGAUCCGAAUGCCAUUGGCAUUGCGAACGCCUUCAUGUCUUGGGGGGAGAUUGAGGUGUUGGGUGUCAUUUCUGGUAUUUCCUCGAAUGCAUUAUGCCGGGCCGGAGCAGUGCUAAUAGUUAUUAUCAAAUAGACAUUCGCAGUCGCUAUGCCCCGCCAGCAAUUGACGCAAUCAACACCUUCUACGGACACCCCGACAUCCCACUUGCGAUAAGUAAGCCCGUGGACAAUUCUGUAUACACCCCUCGCAACUCCUUUAGCGCAUAUACACCGCUAACAUUCCAAAAGACCCAAGACCCCCUCUACACUGAAUAUCCCGCCUAUGUUGACCAGCUAAGUCAACGCUUCCCGGAGGACACCAACGACGGUGAAAACACCACUGAUCCCGUAACCCUCUACCGCACCCUCCUGUCCAAAGCCCCGGACAACAGCGUCACCAUCGCCGCAAUCGGCUUCUUUGAUGCCCUAUACUUGCUCGUCGACUCAAAGCCCGAUGCUAUUUCCCCAUUGACGGGACUCGAACUGAUCAAGCGGAAGGUUACCGAACUCGUUGUCCAGGCAGCUGGCACGGGAACUAGCUUUAACAUUGUCCGGCAUAAUCCCCUCUAUCCGACACACGUCCUGAACCAAUGGCCCACAAAGUUGACCUUUGUGCCCGGAUUCAUUGGCAGCUCAGUGAGAUGGGGAUCGAGGUUGACCACGGAGGUGGAUUUGCAGAAGAACCCUGUUGCAUGGGCCUUCAAUACGACAAUCGGUUACAACAAGACGCACCAGUCCUGGGAUCGUGAGCUUCCCAUUCCCAUUCAUAUUCCCUCACAAUCGCAGUCAUACUCACGGCUUAAUAGCUACGGCGAUAUACUACGCCAUCAGAGGCCUCGAUGACGUCUACGUCUACAACAAAACCGGCGGAAGCGUCUUCUUCAUGCCCAACGGAACCGCCAUCUGGAGAGACAACGUCCCCCCCACUGCACCGCAGAAUUGGGUGAACCUCAAGAUCAGCAACGUAACAUUUGCCGGGAGGCUUGAAGGGAUCCUGCUAUGGCAACCAGGAAGUGCGAUCAGCCCAGCCCAGUCAUCCUGCACUGGAGAUAACUCCACCAAGCCCGGAUCCGGCGGAAGCGGAUAUGGGGGAAAUGCAACUGUGACGGGAGGAGGAAGGCCUACCCCCACGGGGGCCAUAUCCUCAGGGAGUGAACGAAGCAUAAGCAUCGGAGGGUUGACCGUGGCCGUUAUUGCAGGAAUUGUCGGAAUGUACUUGUACACUUAAAGGAGUUUGAUAGCUAUGCCUUGCUGUAGGGUAGAUAAUUAGAUGUAUAAUGAAACGAAGGGAGGUA